CUUGAAGUUGAGAUCACUGAUGUAAAUGGGAAAAUCAUUGAUGGUCCAGUCCGCCUAGAAGUUUUAGUUAUUGAUCAAAAUGAUAACAAGCCAUUGUUUAAAGAUGGACCCUAUGUUGGCCAUGUCAUGGAGGGAUCCCCUACAGGAACGACUGUGAUGCGUAUAACAGCAGUUGAUGGUGAUGAUGCUAACACAGACAAUGCUCUUAUCCGGUAUGACAUCCUCAAACAGACACCUGACAAACCAUCGCCAAAUAUGUUCUUUAUUGACCCAGAAAAGGGAGAUAUUGUUACAGUGGUAUCAUCUGCAUUGUUGGAUCGUGAGACAAUGGAAACUCCACAAUAUGAACUAGUUAUUGAAGCUAAGGAUUUGGGUGGCCAUGAUGUGGGACUAUCUGGUACAGCAACCGCCACUAUUGUUAUUGAUGACAAAAAUGAUCAUGCACCAGAAUUUACUAAGAAGGAGUUUCUUGCUACAGUAAAGGAGGGAAUCACAGGUGUAAUAGUAAACUUAACCAUUCGUGACCAAGAUGACCCAGCAACUGGAGCAUGGAGAGCUGUCUACACCAUUAUUAAUGGAAAUGCAGGGCAGAGUUUUGAAAUCCAUACCAAUCCCCAGAAUAAUGAGGGAAUGCUGUCAGUUGUCAAACCUUUAGACUACGAGAUUUCGGCAUUUCACAGGCUGAUGAUCAAAGUGGAAAAUGAAGACCCGCUGGUUCCAGACAUAGUAUAUGGCCCCAGUUCCACAGCAACAGUUCAGAUCACUGUUGAAGAUGUGAAUGAAGGCCCAAUUUUCCACCCAAACCCGAUGAGAGUGACAAAACUAGAAAACAUCCCUAUUGGCAGCAAGGUGUUAACGGUAAAUGCCACUGAUCCAGACACUUUGCAACAUCAGACUAUCAGGUGAGAGCAGUACCCUGUAAUUUUCAUCCA